AUGAUGUCGCGUGCCGUCGCAGCGCUGCUGCUUUCCUUUGGAGUUUCGUCGGUUGUCGGCUUGCUCCGAUGCUUCAACGAUGACUUGGUUGCCGUCGAGACGCCCGCCAUUGCGCUUCCGGCCUACGUCAAGCGUCAAGAGUCCAAGCCGGUUGACGUGUACUUUCACGUCACCAGCACCGUGGCCAACAAGGACAGAAUUACCGACGCAGUCGUUGAUGCCCAGUUCGAGGUCCUGCACUCUACCUAUCUCAAGCACGGCUUCGAGCUCAACCUCGUCAACGUCUCGCGCAUCGUAGAUGACGUCCUCGGCAAGGGCUUCUACGAGGAAUCCGGCAUCGGCAUCCCCGACUUUGAAGGCUACGUAGCCUGGCGCACCGCCACACGCCGCGGGGGCUACGAUGCGCUCAACGUCUACUUCUUCUCGGAUCUGGGCGUCAGCCUAGGCGGGCAGUGCGCGCUCGCGGGCGUUGUGCAGGAGGGCAGCCAGCAGUUUUAUACUGAUGGAUGCUGGGUCAAUGGCGACUCUAUGCCUGGUAUGACGCCCCGCAGCGGCAAUGAUACGACGCCGCGGAAGGGCCAUAUUGCUGUCCAUGAGGUCGGGCACUGGUUUGGGCUGCUCCAUACGUUCCAUGGGCGUUUCUGUGAAGGGAUUAAUGAUCAGGUUGCCGAUACGCCUGCGCAAGCUGGCGGGAGCUCGGGGUGCCCUGUCGGACGGGACUCUUGCCCGGAUUCGCCUGGUUUGGAUCCUAUCCACAACUUUAUGGAUUACUCGGAUGAUACUUGCACGACUGAGUUCACUCCUGGGCAGGAGGAGCGCAUGCACCAGCAGUUCGAUGUAUACAGGCGAUGGCAGGGCUAG